UAUAUAUUUGUGUAUAAUUUUUGUAACAAUAUUUUUGUCCAUACACUUUUCCAUUACUUCACGCGCUGAAAGCCUGAAACACGGAGCGACUCCUUCGUUUCGAAAUUACAAACGCGCAAAUCUAUUGCUUUCACCGCAUCGAUAUCUCGGGCAAAUCCUCAUUUUGCGGCGAGAUCGGAAGCUUUCUCCGUCGGAAAGAGAGUAGCUGAUUCAGACUCCGAAGAGGUGAUCUGCCUUUUGUUUGUUUCGGUUGACCUGAUUUUGACUGAUGGCUCCGGUUUCGGCUCUCGCCAAGUACAAGUUAGUGUUCCUGGGAGAUCAGUCCGUCGGAAAAACGAGUAUCAUCACUCGGUUUAUGUACGACAAAUUCGAUAAUACUUAUCAGGCAACUAUUGGUAUUGAUUUUCUUUCAAAGACAAUGUAUCUUGAAGACCGGACUGUACGAUUACAGCUGUGGGAUACUGCUGGACAAGAAAGAUUUAGAAGUCUCAUACCAAGCUAUAUAAGGGAUUCCUCUGUUGCAGUCAUAGUAUAUGAUGUUGCAAGCCGACAAUCCUUUCUUAACACUGCAAAGUGGAUCGAGGAGGUUCGCACUGAGAGAGGAAGUGAUGUUAUAAUUGUCCUAGUUGGCAACAAAACUGAUCUGGUGGAUAAGAGGCAAGUUUCAAUCGAGGAAGCAGAGGCUAAAGCUCGUGAUUUUAGUGUCAUGUUUAUUGAAACAAGUGCAAAGGCUGGCUUCAAUAUAAAGGCACUAUUCAGGAAGAUCGCUGCAGCCUUGCCAGGGAUGGAAACUCUAUCAUCAACGAAGCAAGACGAGAUGGUUGAUGUCAACCUCAAGUCCAGCAAUGCAAACGCAUCUCAGUCACAACAGCAGUCUGGAGGUUGCGCUUGCUAAGAAAGGUGAACCGGAACAUUGGUUUGUGUUUAAGAUAUAUUUUUAUUGGACGGAAUAUGCAUCUGUAAAGAGCUUUCUACCUUGAGCAUUGAAUUUUGUUUGUGAUUGUUGAGAGGAUUUCAAGUCGUCGGAUACAGUAGAUCGUCGUUGUUCUUCACUUUUUGUUCUAGUCUUUUCUGUUUCUCAUCUUACAGUUGUACCCAUGGUAAUUGAGACUGCAAAUAGUCAUCUUUUCUUUCUUCUUUCA